AUGGUGUCAGCUCUCAAACAUGUUUUCUCAGGCGCCGCCGCUGAUGGUCGGGCGGACGGAGAAGCUGCUAAGCUUUUGUGGGAAGUUCAAAAUGCAGCCACGUCAGAUAAUUCAAUGCCACGUAAUGUGGACGACACUGUUUCUCUGGAAAGCGGGAAGAAGAAGAGGAGGAGGAGGAAUACGAAGAAGGAAUUUAGGGGAGUGAGACAAAGGCCAUGGGGAAAAUGGGCCGCUGAGAUACGUGAUCCGCAUAAAGCCCAACGACUUUGGCUUGGUACUUUUAUUACUGCCGAAGAUGCUGCUAGAGCUUAUGACAUAAAGGCCGUAGAAUUUAGAGGUCGAAAGGCGAAAACCAACUUUCCUCUUAAGGAAUAUAUUGAUGCUGACAACAGUACUUCCCCAAUCGUGAUAGUGGAAGAUGAUGACCAAAAUGGUAAUGAAGUUGCAGUGGCUACUGAUCAGGAUAACAAUGGUGAAAACAGUAUGGAUAUUGGUGAUGACUUUUGGGCCACAUUGGAAGAUGAUAGACUUGUCAAAUUUAUCACACAGGAUAUGUCCCUCUGA